AUGCCAAAGAAGGGUCGUAGCUGCAGCAGCAGCAAGUCUCCUAACUGGAAAGGAGGUUGGAGGAUGUGUCAUUUUGUUCUGCUAACUGCCUCCAAGUACCCCAGUCAACAUGUGCAUUGUUCAGAGCAGAGCUCGUCUGGCUCAGGUCAGCCUGCCCAGGACAAAGGCUCCCGCAGCCACGAGCCCGAGCAGGAGUCCACACAAAACGAGGUGGUGGAAGAAUGGGCGACACCUGCAUCAUACGAUAUGGGAUUAGAGACAGAGAGAGCAGCAUGUGAGAAGCUAGCAGACUUAAAUCCUGAAGAGGUGGAGGAGACAAAGCCAGACCCAGAGUCAGAUACUGCAUCUGCUGAGCCAGAACCCGCCCCAGAGCCCCAGGCUGACCUGGACCUGCAGACUCACUCCCAGGACCAUGACUUGGACGCCCCAGUUCACAGCACAUCAGAGACGGUGCCAGCCUCAGAUGCUCCGGCCCCAGCGGAAGCUUCCAGUGAGGACCCCGCUGAGAGCCCCGGCCUGGACUCGCACCCCGUCGCAUCCCCAGAUGAAGCUGAAAACAUACCUACCUCACAGGGUGCCGGCCCGGCCCACACAGGCGAGGAUGAUGCCGGCGUAGAAGACCGGCAGUCCAGCCAGAGUCAUGGCUCCGAUGUCGAAGCAGAAGUUCAGCCCACUCCAGGACAAGUGGAUCGAGAGGAGCAGCAAGGGCAGGAACUGGAGGAUGGGCUGGCCAACUUGGAGCAGGAGGGCAACACUUCUCAACACCAUAAAAAUCAGAUGGGGAAGGCUAACACUGCCAGAGAGACCGAUCCAUCUGUUCCAAGCAAAGAGGAUAUCCCGACCUUCGAUGAGUGGAAGAAGCAAGUCAUGGAAGUGGAGAAGGAGAAAAGUCAGACUCUCCACAGCUCAACCACUGGCAGCUCCCAUCCAACAAAGAAGGUCCAGAAAAACUUCAAGAAUAACUACGCCUCUGUAGAGUGUGGUGCCAAGAUUCUUUCUGCCAACAGCGAGGCUAAGAGUACUUCAGCUAUUCUCAUGGAGAAUAUGGACUUUUAUAUGCUUAAUCCUUGCAGCACCAAAAUAUGGUUUGUCAUAGAGCUCUGCGAGCCUAUUCAAGUCAAACAGCUGGACAUAGCCAACUUUGAGCUGUUCUCAUCGACACCUAAAGACUUUUUAGUUUCCAUCAGUGACAGAUAUCCCACCAAUAAAUGGGUAAAGCUGGGCACUUUCCAUGCACGGGACGAGCGGAUAGUCCAGAGUUUCCCACUGGAUGAACAGCUGUACGCUAAAUAUGUGAAGGUUGAGCUCCUCUCUCACUUUGGAUCUGAACAUUUCUGCCCCCUCAGUCUCAUCAGGGUGUUUGGUACCAGCAUGGUGGAGGAAUAUGAGGAAAUAGCAGAUUCCCAGUACCCCUCAGAGAGAAUGGAGUUCUUGGAGGAAGAUUAUGAUUAUCCCCCCGGAUACCAACCAUCAGAAGACAAAGCCUCUAAAAACCUCCUCGGCUCUGCAACCAAUGUAAUCCUUAACAUGGUAAACAACAUAGCUGCUAACGUGCUCGGUGGCAAGCAAGAACUAGAAGGUGGAGCUCAAGCGGGAGGUAACACAUCAGCAAGAGGGACUGAAGACAAGGAAAGCACAGAUGUCGAGGCUAAGCCCGUCGAAGGUCCUCCCGAAGUCCUGGAGCCUGCAAAACCCGAACAACCCGCCCCAGAGGAAGCAUCUCAGGUCUCCAGUGACCUUUCGGCAUCUUCCCCUCCACCAUCAGAGUCCCAUGAAGACAAACAGAUCGUCACUCUGGUAGAGGAGGACGACGAAGAGCCCAGGCAUUUAACAGUCACUCUGCUGGAGGAGGAGGAAGAGGAGAAGACUCAGGAGAGAUCGAGCCAGGAGGCAGACAGGAACCAGUGGGAGAGCCAGGCGUACUGUCCUUUCUCCUCUUUCUCCUCGGUGUCUCUGUCCUGCAUGGCCACGCUGCAUGAGCUGCUCCAUCGCUGGUGCUCCGCCAGGCUGGCCAAGGAGAGGCUGCGCAGUCUCAGGAAGAAACAGAUUAGCAUUCAAACAAGCACCCACCCUGACGGGAGCAGCUCUGUCGUCACACACUCCCCUCCACCGACCCCUGUCCCCACGCCUCCCAAAGAGGCGCUUCCCCUGACAGAGAAAGUCCCCGAGCCAGAGGCAUCGGUCAGAGGCCACAGUGAGGGGAGGCCUCCAGUUGAAACCCCCCUCACCGACACAGACAAACCGGAUGUGCGCACUCCAGAGCUCAGCAUCCUCCUAGAGCCCAGCAGGACUUCUGCCAUCCCGCCCCACAGUUUCUCAGAUGUCCACAGCUCCCAAACGAGGCCCACGCCCACACAGGAGGCGAAGCCCUCGCCCCCCGUUAAAGACCCAGCUUUGGACCCUGUUCCCACUCCACCCCUACAAGCUGCUUCUAUCCCAGAGACUCAGCAGGCCAGUAGCUCCACCCUCACCCUUUCUGUCAGCUCCCCCGUACAGCAUCAGUCCUCUGAGACGGCCUCCCCAGGUGGUGGGGUUCCCUCCGUCAAGGAGCAGCCUGUUCAGUCUCUCCCCACGGCAUCACGGCCGGAGGACUUUUUGCCUCCUCCCACUGAGCUCCCAACAGUUGUCCCACCGACUGACACAGACACUGUCAAAGCAGUAACAGAUACUGGUGGGGCAGCGCAAAGACAAAACGUACCGGCUCCUGCCAUCCACGGGGAGCAAGGGGAGUCUCCCCCUCCCACAGGAGAGCCCCAUCGAAUGGAGGAGACGGUGGAGGAGGAGCUACUGAGCACCGCCGGGAACGGCAACAUGCACCGGACCGCCACAGACUUCUACGCAGAGCUGCAGAACGCAGAUUAUAACGGCGGGGCAGGGAAUGGGAACGGCGUGCUGCUGAACGGGGGAGCCAUUCACGGGUCCAGCCAGAAGGAGAGCGUCUUCAUGAGACUGAACAACAGGAUCAAAGCUCUGGAGAUGAACAUGAGCCUGUCCAGCAGAUACCUGGAAGAGCUUAGCCAGAGAUACCGCAAACAGAUGGAGGAGAUGCAGAGGGCCUUCAAUAAGACCAUCACCAAACUGCAGAACACCUCCCGCAUUGCUGAGGAGCAGGACCAAAAGCAGACCGAUUCCAUCCAGUUCCUGCAGAGCCAGCUGGAGAACGUCACCAAACUGAUGCUCAACCUCACAGCCACAGUGAGCCAGCUGCAGAGAGAGGUAUCGGACCGUCAGAGCUACCUGGUGGUGUCUCUGGUUCUGUGUCUGUUGCUGGGGCUCCUGCUGUGUCUUCAGUGCUGCCGCAGCUCAUCUCCGGGCCCCAGUACCAACACCGCCGCCCUCCCCAAAAGCAACCACUACCCCAGCCCCAAAAGAUGCUUUUCCUCCUACGACGACAUGAGCCUAAAACGCAGGGUGACCUGCCCACUCGUCCGUUCCAAGUCAUUUCAGCUGCCCUCUGCAGAAGUAGGUCCAGAUGACUUGUACAUUGUAGAACCUCUAAGGUUUUCUCCAGAAAAAAAGAAAAAGCGCUGCAAGUCAAAGUCUCUGGACAAAGUUGAAACCCUGAAGGCAUUCGAUCCCUCGGCGCCUCUCCCAAAUGGGGACACAAGGUGUAAUGGCUUCCAUUCAUGCCUCCCUGCACCACCGCCUCCACCCCAGCCUCCUUCCCCGCCUGCCCUGCCCCUUCCCCCUCCCCCUCCCUCCCCAGCUGCGGUGGAACUGUCCUCCUACACCACCAGGGAGAUGCCCUCCGAGACCAGCAGCUGCAGCUCCUCCACCCAUUCGGAGGAGUCCUACACUAGCCGGCUCCCCCCUCCGUCUCCCUUCUUCCCCUCCUCUGGCCUGUGCAACGGCCACGGCCUCCCUUUCCCCAUCAACCCCGCCAAGUCGCGGCAGGAGAAGCGCCCGGCGAAGCGGCGGAAGUCUCGGCAGACGGAGCUGCACUUCCCCCCCAUGGCGGGCGUCGGCCCCCUGCCCAGUCUGCAGCAGCUCAUGAAGGGAAACAAGGAGAUAAGCGUCGGGGCCAUCGGGCCGACCGCCGUCAACGGACACAUCUGAUGUCUCACAGUACACUUUUACUCAGCUUUGUGUUCACUAAAGGGCGACGGACUCAUGAAGAGGUCUCACCACCCAUCCCAAAGAGCCACACUUCCCAUGAGCACCCAGGCGCACCGUGGAGCUGAAGUGGGUGGAGCAGCAGUUGCUCAUUGUAGUCCAGUCCUUACCCACUCCCGUCAGAAACCCGUUUACGGUUAUGUGCCUUUAUCUCUGUCGUAGACCUUUUUAAUUCUUAAAGACAUGAAAAUUCGAGGAAUCGUUGAUAUGCAAAGAGAAACAACACGGUGGGAAGUGAAACACACAACAGUACACGUCUACUCCAUCAGGAUCUUUUUUUUUUUCUUUCCUCUUUUUUUGUUUUUCUCUCUGGAAAAGCACAUUAUCCCCAGACAGCAGAUCAUCCACAUAAUUUCUUACUCCGAGCACAGCGACCAGAGGUGUCGGCCUCAACUAUACGUUCCUUAAACGAGUAUUAGGCUGCUGUUUUGGACGGAAGGCGUCGUUACAAGACAACCAUGGAGCAGCAUGGCAAGUUUCCUCUCGCAACCUUUCUUGCUACUGUCCAUUGUUGCCGUCGAUUUACUGUGAUUCACGCCUCCUGUCUUAGAUCUGAAACGAUGCAGGUGUUCUGAAUGGGACCAGAGUGUUCAAAUGCAAUCCCACAUCUCCAUUAUUCUUGCGACGUCUCUGUCAGUCUGUUGCAAGCCAACCACAGGAGCUAAAUGAAGAAAGUGUUUGCGUAUGGCGUGAAAAGGUGUGAACGUGGUGUUUAAUUGAACCGCAUAGAGCGUAGCAGCAACAGAUCGCCGAUCCCGUUAGCUUACAGUAGCUCAUCCUCUCCACUCGGUUAUUGGGGCUGGGCCCACAAACACCGCCCGCACCCCAGGUGCAGAAACUAAGCUCUCAUAUUGGACUUUGUUACUCUAAUGAAGGUAAAUUUAGCUAUUUUUCUGAGGCUUCCACGUCCCACCCAUUGUCCUUUGUGGUUUUGGUUUCUUUGAAUUAACCCCAAAAGUCAGAAUAGUGGAGAAGGGUUCCUGCUCGGAGGCCUGAUGCCCUGCAGGAACACAUCUGGUACCCGAGAUGACCGUUUACAUUUUAAUCUCGCACACGACUACCGGCACCCUGCAGACAAAGUCUGACAGACUAGUUUUAUUUAUCUAUUUAUUUAUUUAAAGGUCUAUAGAUUUUUUCUAAUUGAGGCACUGGUUUGCCAGACUUCCAGUCCUGCAAGGGGUCGCUGUCGUUCAGCAAUGCGAGUCUGUUACAUAGAAAACUUGCUCAGCGGUACGGACAAUGCGGUCAUGGUGGGACGGCUCAAGUACAUAUUCCUCUCUUUUAGCUGUUCACUCUGUUAUAUCUCCUCCUAGAUGCUUCAUUUUACAAAGCUUUCGCUAGCAUUUUCCUUCCCCGUGAAACAUCAGCCAGGUAUUUUUCUGGAUGAUUUGGUAUCCAGCAGGAUAAUUAAGUAUUGGUUUCGAAUGGAGGCCUUUAUGAGGUUCAACACACAGCUGCUUCUGUAUGAUAGGAGGUGCUGGACAGGUAAACCUAGUGGGAAGGGCUGAGCUGCCUGUUGACUACAGCCCCGUCCUCUGUAUGCUGGUUUUAUAAUAUUUUCCGGACGGGCUAACUGAUUUCAAGUCCCUGCACGUUACUGUGACUGAACUACAUGAACAUUUGGUUAAAAUGUAGCAGAUAGCUGCCGGCGGGAAAAGUAUUAGAUUCGUUCUUUGUUUGUUUUUUUGUUUUUUUUUAACGACUGAGAUGAAGCUGUGUUGGCGUGUACGUGCCGUUUCUGACUGGCUCCGGGUGGUUGGUUUUCUGCACAUGUUGACAGAGACGCUCCUCUCCCAUAAACCCAGCAGCAUAGUUACUUUCUGAUCCGGCUUCUGCAGCUCGCCCUGCUCCAGAAACUGUUAAGCACCAUGGUUAGCUCUGUCCUCUACUUACUGUGGGCCUGCUCGCAUUUACAACCCCCCCCCCCCCACAUUUACAGUAGAUGCAUGAAAGGCUUUCUCAUUCUUAAUGUAUGUUCUGUGAACCAGCUGAUCUUUACAUGCUCUCGCUCUCCAGUUAACACUCCUGCUAUCCUAAAUUCACACCAUAUUAGCGUGUGAUUCGCUGUGUUUACCCCACCUUAAAAGACUUUGUUGAAAAAAAUCAAAUAAAGGGAAUGCAGCAAUGAUAAUUCUGAUUUGCAACACUAUUAAUGUGAUCGUUUGUUCCACAAGCUGAGCAAACCCCCCCCUGCCCCCCCCAGCCCUUUUAAUGUGUAUGAUGUGUGUAUACCUGUACGCGUGUGGGAUUUUUUCUGUCUUAUGUGUGACUGUCAUGAGGAAAAGACUACUUUCAACAAACAUAUACCCGUGAUACAAGAAACUAGGAGGCACCUGCAGAGAAGUGGUUGAAGCUCAUUGUGCACUUUGUAUGACUCCUCAUGCCUUUUUGUUUUUCUACUUACAUGUUAAGUGCUCUCUUUCCUUCCUCUCUCCCUCCCUGUCUGUCUCUCUGUGAGUACUCUGAAGAGCUGCACAGUAUUUUUGAGCAGUGAGUUACUACAAAAUCUGUAGUGCCAUUAGAAACUGUGAAUUCUUUCUAAAUAAAAAACAAACUUUUGUUGUCUUUAACACCGCGUUCCGUUUUCAUUGCUUUCACUUCCAGUUCAGUAUUGGAGAGACAACUGAAAGUCCAAGGGAAGAAGACUUCUUUUUUUUUUUUUAUUGGAGGGUCCUAACAGUGUGGUUGUCAAACGUGGUUUUUGUUUAUUGUUUCGUAAAAAUUCAAUAAAGUCAUUUGUUUUU